AUCCGUCCAAAGGGCAGGCCGGUGAAACAUGGCGGCGCUGGGGAGCUCACUGGUCGGGUACGGCGUAUCGUCGGAGUCGGAAAGUGAAGGAGACGCGGAUGCAGCACCUCCACCGAAACGACCAAACAACGACUCCGGAAAAUCUGGGAAAAACUUCCUGGUGGAAUCCGGCGACAGCAGCAGCAGCGACGAAGAAGACGGCUCCGACCCGGAACCCGUUCACGUUCCCCAUCCCGCUCCGGAACGCCUGAUCACCCAGAACAAACUCCCGGCUCCCAGACUGGGAGCAAGCGAUCCGGGCUCCAGCGUCUUCAGCAACCCCUUCAGGGAGGAGAGGAACGAGCAGCUGAGCGUCUUGCAGAGACACGUGCCUCUGACGCUGCAGCCCAACCCAGCCCUGAUCGGAGGGAAGCGGGUGUGUCUCCUCUAUCGCAAGCAGGGGCGAUGUCGCUUCGGACACAAAUGCAAGUUCGCUCACGACAGCGACCUGCAGACCCCCGUGCUGCCGGUGCCGAGCCCCGCCGGGUCGACCCAGUCUCCUCCUGCGGAGCCAGCGGACCACCGGGACCGCUCUGAACCGGGCCAGCCCCGAACCGGGAAGAGGAAACCGGGUUUGAGCAACACUCUGGUGCCUCCGAAGCGCUCCAUGAAGAAUUACAAAGCCCAGAGAGAGAGGGAAAAACCCUGGGUACUGUAGAGAGAGAGGGAGGGAGGGA